GACUUUAUGGAAAAUUUCGACAAAGAGCCUGGAGGAAGAAAGAAGCAACACACGUUAAAAAGCAAACUACUGUCCUUUGUGAUUUGAAGAGCCUGUUGCCCUGAAAUUUUGUCAGGAUGACAGACUCGGAUGUGGCAGAUCACAUGACUCGACUCAAACUCAAACUCCUUGAGAAGAAACUAGAAAAUGAACGCGAAAAUAUUGAUGAUUUGGAAUCUUCCUUUUCUGCAGCAAGGAAUUAUGGCAGCCAUGGCUAUGCAUUGCAAAGUGCAUUGAGACGAAGAAAGGAUCUUCUGCAGCAGCUCAGGGAGCAAAAUGUUCUGGAAGAAUUGUCAUUACCACGUGGCUUGCCAAGACUCCAAAGGAAGCACUUCAGACCAGAACCAGAACAUUUCUACCAAAUUCCUCUUCCUCCUCCUCCUCCACCUGAACAGCCAAGGAUUAUCCAGCAGACAUUGCCUCAGCAGCCAGCAACCAUUAUUCAGCAAAUUCCUCAGCAUCCACCGCUCAUUACGCAGAUUCCAUCUCCGCAGCCUUGCCCAGGCCCUCGCUCUGGCAGUAUUAAGGAAGAUAUGGUGGAAAUGAUGCUAAUGCAAAAUGCACAGAUGCAUCAGAUUAUUAUGCAGAACAUGAUGUUGAAAUCUCUGCCACCACCUGCUUAUCCACCAGCUGGUGGGCAUGGAGCUCCUGUGCUUCACCAUGGACAACAGUUCACUGCUCCGCUUCUAGUAAGAACAGAGAAGUCACGACCCCCAACAGUGCAUCAUCACCACUACACACCUUCAGGGAUGCCAGCCAUCCCAUCUCAACUUGGCUUUUCCAUGGGCCCUUCUGUGAUGCAACCUGGUCUUGGCACACCACUGGGAGGAUUCCCAUCUGAUUUACAUCAUCUGCCCAUCCCAACAUCUGCAGCAUAUGUUGUACCUACCAAUGGACUGCUUGGAUUACCCCCGGGUUUGUAGACUUCUACAGUGCCUGACUAGCAAAGCCUGAAAUGAGAUUAAGAGUGCGGUGAACCCCUCCUUGGAAGGCAAGCAGACAGCAAUCUUGUGACCUGAAAUAAGGAAGGAAUGCAGUAAAUGAAGAUUACAUUGGGCAAUGUUUGCUUAAGGGAAGAGUUGUAUCCAUUUACAGUUUGCUUCAAUAAAGUUUUAGCAUCUUUGAUACAUA